AUGGAAGUAGUGAAUGAUCGGCAUACACUGUGUGGGGAAGCAAUUUUAGAGGGAUCAAAGAAGAUGAUGUACAAUGGUUCUGAAAGUUCAGAUUCAAGCGUUGAAGGGUUGGGAGCCAUUGAUCUUGAUGAUUCAGAGGCACCGAUGGUUGGAAUGUUAUUUCAAGACUUGGAUGAGGUGUUUGGAUAUUACAAGAGAUAUGGUCGAAGGAAGGGAUUUUCUGUGAAGCGCAGGACUGUUAACAAGGAUAAGGAUGGUAUGAUUAAAUAUGUUACAUUUACUUGUGGUAGAUCAGACAAGUGUAUUUCAAAGUCAGGGAAUUUUGUGAACCCUCGGUCAAAUGCCAAGAAUGAGUGUAAGGCUAGAAUGAGUGCGCGUAUAGCCAAAGACGGGAAGUGGGAGAUAAGCAAAUUUCUGGAUGUGCACAAUCAUGCAAUGAGCCCAACUCAGUCAAGGUAUUUUAGUUGCAAUCGCGACAUUAACACACAUGUUAAGCGACAACUUGAGAUUAAUGACAUUGCGGGGAUUCGUCCUAAUAAAAGUCACAAUGCUCAGGUGAUAGGGGCUGGAGGACAUGAGAAUUUGAAUUUUUUGGAACAGGAUACUCGUAAUUUGCUUGCAAAAGUAAGGCGUUUGAGGCUUGGUGAAGGAGAUGCAAAUGCAAUUCAAAGUUAUUUUAUGAAGAUGCAAUCGCAUAAUGAUGGGUUUUUUUCAUUGAUAGAUUGGGAUGACAAUGGCAGACUUAAAAAUGUUUUCUGGGCUGAUCCAAGGAGUAGGGCAGCAUGUAGGGAAUUUGGGGAUGUUAUCACCUUCGACACGACAUAUCUUACGAAUAAGUAUGAUAUGCCAUUUGCACCGUUUGUUGGUGUCAAUCACCAUGGGCAGUCAAUAUUGCUUGGGUGCGGGCUGAUUUCCAAUGAAGAUACUGACACUUUUAUUUGGCUAUUUAGUGCUUGGCUUGCGUGCAUGCAUAAUGUUCAUCCAGUCGGUAUCAUAACUGACCAAGAUAGGGCAAUGAAGAAUGCUAUUGCCAUAGUCUUCCCUGAAACUAGGCAUAGAUUGUGUUUGUGGCACAUUUUGAAGAAAGUGCUUGAGAAGUUGGGAUCAUACAAUGAGUAUGAACAAAUAACAUAUGCAUUGGGGGAAGCGGUAUAUGAAUCACAGAGCACAAUGGAGUUUGAAGGGAGCUGGAAUAUGAUGAUUGAAAAUUUUAAUUUACAAGGUAACUCUUGGUUGGGAACAAUGUAUGCAGAGAGGGAAAUGUGGGUUCCAAUUUAUGUAAAAAAUUUCUUUUGGGCUGGUAUGUCUACCACACAGAGGAGUGAGAGCAUUAACGCAUUUUUUGAUGGUUAUGUAAGCUCAAAGACAACCUUGAAACAGUUUGUGGAGCAGUAUAACAAUGCAUUGAGGAACAAAGCUGAGAAGGAAAGUGUAGCAGAUUUCAAUUCAUACCACAAGCAUCUAAAUUGUGCCACAUCAUAUUUAAUGGAGAAACAGAUGCUAGACUUGUAUACUGAGUCUAAGUUUAAGGAGUUCCAGAAGGAGUUGACGGGUUUACUUUACUGCAUGAUAAAAUCUGUGAUGAGGAAUGAAAUGUUUGAGUUCAGAGGCAUAUUGUGUAGGCAUGCGUUGACUGUGUUAAUUCGUAAUGGUGAAGAAAAAAUUCCACCUCAUUACAUUUUUCGACGAUGGCGUAAAGAUAUCAGGAGAUAUCAUACUCGGGUUAAAGUCCAUUAUGAAGGCAUGAAAAUCACAGACGAUCAACAACGAUAUGAUGAGAUGUGUAGUCUAUUCACUAAAUUGGCGGAUUUGGCUGCAGAUAAUGUUGACAACUAUAAUUAUGUAACUCAUUGGGUUGAAGAUGCCACGAAGAAGAUGAAUGUAAGCCAUGUGGUUGGGUUUACACCAGGUAGUAGCUCUAAUGAUCCGAUUCCAAAGAGAGGGAAAGGACGUCCACCAUCUUUAAGGAAGAAAAAGAUAUUCAAGAAGAAGAGAUUGCAACCAGGGACACCAAUACAAUGCACAAAUGGGAAUUUGGACUCAAGUAACAUGGGAUGA